UCGGCAGGAAUCAGCGGUCGAGGCUCCACAUCGCGGCUCUCCAGGUGUCGCGAAGCCGUCAAAAGCCGCGUGUGCGCCAUGCGCCGUUAGGGCGAAAUAAUUAUAAGAGAGGGUCCUCUCGAUCGCUGCCGUUGCCAUUCCAGGCUCCUCCGGCUUCUUUCUUGUUUUUGGUGGGGAGAGGGGCGGGGGAGGGGGGUGGACUGAAAGCACUGUUGCGAAGUUCAUCUCGUGUCGGCCGGGAAUCGCACGAGUAAAUGGCAGGAGCACAGCCCGGCGUGCACGCGCUGCAGCUCGAACCCGUGCGGGUGUCGGAGAGUCUCAAGAAGGGCAGCAAAUUCAUGAAAUGGGACGAUGAUGCUUCAACAGUAACCCCGGUGACCUUACGAGUUGAUCCGCAAGGCUAUUUCCUGUACUGGACAGAUCAGAGCAAGGAAACUGAAAUCUUGGACAUCACCUACAUCAAGGAUGCAAGAACUGGGAAAUGCACAAAGACGCCAAAGGAAGCCAAACUGCGAGAGCUGCUCGACGUGGGGAACCUGGUCGGCCGGAUAGAGAACAAAAUGUUGACGGUGGUGACCGGGCCGGAUAUGGUUAAUAUCAGCUACCUGAACUUCAUGGCCUUCCAGGAGGAAGUCGCAAAGGAGUGGGCAGAUGAGUUGUUUAGCCUGGCGUCAAACCUGCUGGCGCAGAACAUGUCAAGGGAAUCCUGUCUGGAGAAAGCGUACACAAGACUCAAGCUUCAACUCAACCCAGAGGGCCGUAUUCCUGUAAAGAACAUCCAUCGGAUGUUUUCUGCAGACAGAAAGCGUGUGGAGACGGCGCUGGAGAGCUGCGGCCUCCCCUCCGGCAGGAAUGACUCCAUCCCUCAAGAGGACUUUACUCCAGAUGUGUACAAACAGUUCGUCAGUAACAUCUGCCCAAGGUCAGAGAUCAGCCAGAUCUUCUCAGACCAGGGGGCCAAGGGGAGGGCGUACCUCACGCUGGAGCAGAUGACGGACUUUGUGAACAACAAGCAGCGUGACCCCCGGCUCAAUGAGAUCCUGUACCCCCCGCUAAAGCCCGACCAGGUGCAGCUCCUCAUUGAGAAAUAUGAGCCCAACAGCAGCCUUGUCCAAAAAGGACAGAUAUCAGUGGAUGGGUUUGCUGCGUACCUCCUCAGCGAAGAAAACGGGGUCAUCCCCCCGGAGAAGCUGGACCAAAGCGAGGACAUGAGCUUCCCGCUGUCUCAGUACUUCAUCAACUCCUCGCACAACACUUAUCUCUCAGCGGGCCAGCUGGCCGGAAACUCCUCGGUGGAGAUGUACCGGCAAGUGCUGCUGUCGGGAUGCCGCUGCGUGGAGCUCGACUGCUGGAAGGGCCGCACGGCCGAGGAGGAGCCCGUCAUCACGCACGGCUUCACCAUGACCUCCGAGAUCUCGUUCAAGGAAGUUAUUGAGGCCAUCGCCGAAUGCGCGUUCAAAACCUCCCCCUUUCCUGUCAUAUUGUCCUUCGAGAACCACGUGGACUCCCCCAAGCAGCAGGCCAAGAUGGCAGAAUACUGCAGAUCAAUAUUUGGCGACGCGUUGCUGAUCGAACCACUUGAGAAAUACCCUCUGGAGUCCGGGUUCCCUCUGCCCAGCCCGCAGGAGCUCAUGGGGAAGAUCCUCAUCAAGAACAAGAAGUCGCACAAACCCUCAGACGGCAGCGCGAAGAAGAAGCUGGCCGAACAGGCCUCCAACGCGUGCAGCGACACCUCGAGUGUGCUCGAACCCUCAUCCCCGAGUACAGGGGAUGUGGAGGCAGAGAGUGAUGAUGAUGACGACGACGAUGAAGACUGUAAGAAAUCCAUGGAUGAGGGAACAGCAGGAAGGGAAGCUGUCGCCACGGAGGAGAUGUCCACGCUGGUCAACUACAUCCAGCCCACCAAGUUUCACUCGUUCGAGGUUUCCAAAAAAAUCAGCCGUAGUUACCAGAUGUCUUCGUUUGUGGAAACAAAAGCUCUGGAGCAGCUCACAAAAACCCCCGUGGAGUUUGUCGAAUACAACAAGUCUCAGCUCAGCAGGAUCUAUCCGAAGGGAACACGCGUGGAUUCCUCCAACUACAUGCCUCAAGUGUUCUGGAACGCUGGUUGCCAACUAGUGGCGUUGAACUUCCAAACAAUCGACCUCCCUAUGCAGUUAAACCUGGGGAUGUAUGAGUACAACGGCAAGAGUGGAUACAGACUGAAGCCGGAGUUUAUGAGGAGGCCGGACAAACACUUUGACCCCUUCACGGAGACCACCGUGGAUGGAAUCGUAGCAAAUACCUUAUCAGUAAAGAUUAUAUCUGGGCAGUUUUUGACAGACAAGAAAGUCGGCACAUAUGCAGAAAUCGAUAUGUUUGGUCUGCCUGUCGAUACGAGGAGGAAAGCUUUCAAGACCAAGACCUCGCAAGGCAACGCGAUCAACCCGGUGUGGGACGAGGAGCCCAUAGUGUUCAAGAAGGUUGUCCUGCCUACUCUGACCUCUCUGCGAAUAGCAGUGUUCGAGGAAGGUGGCAAAUUCAUAGGCCACCGCAUCAUCCCUGUGUCCGCUAUCCGGCCAGGCUACCGCUACAUUGGCCUCAGGAACGAGAAGAACCAAUCGCUGGUGCUUCCCGCUAUAUUUGUCUACAUCGAAGUGAAAGACUAUGUUCCAGACACCUUUGCCGAUGUGAUCGAGGCACUAUCGAACCCGAUCCGAUACGUGAAUUUAAUGGAGCAGAGAGCCAAGCAACUGGCCGCCUUGACCUUGGAAGAGGAAGAGGAAGUUGUCAAGGAGGUGGAGCAGAGGACGGAUCAGCCUGCGGAGCCCAAAAGUGACCCGAAACCGGUGACGUCGGAGAACGGCGUGAGCCACGCGGCCAACACGGCGCCAAAGCCUGCGUCUCAGGUGACUCAGCAGGCCCCGUCCACAGUCUCAGCAAAGACCUCUGUGAAGACUGAAGAUCUCAUUCAAAGUGUCCUCACAGAAGUGGACCCCCAAACUUUAGAGGAGCUGAAGCAGCAGAAACCAUAUGUGAGGGAGCAGAGAAGGCAGUACAAGGAGAUGAAGGAGCUGGUGAAGAAGCACCAUAAGAAAACCACGGACAUGAUCAAGGACCACACGGUCAAGUACAACGACAUCCAGAGCGAGUACUCGCGACGCAGAGCCGCCCUCCAGAAAUCGGCAAAACGAGAUGGUAAGAAAAGCAGGUGCCUGUCUCCGGGCCCGGGCCACGAGCCGUCUGCGGUCGAGCAGGAACUCAGCGCCCUCGACAAGGAGAGCAGAGAGAAGCUGGCCGAGCUGAAAGAGCAGCAGCAGCAGCAGCUGCUGAACCUGCGGCAAGAGCAGUACUACAGCGAGAAGUACCAGAAGAAGGAGCACAUAAAGCAGCUCAUGGAGAAACUGACCUUGGUGACAGAAGAAUGUCAGAAUAACCAGUUAAAGAAACUCAAAGAGUUGUGUGAGAAAGAGAAAAAAGAGCUGAAGAAGAAGAUGGACAAGAAAAGGCAGGAGAAGCUGAACGAAGCCAAAUCGAAAGAUAAGCACCUGACAGAGGAGGAGAAAUUGGAGAUUAACAGGUCUUACGUCAAUGAGGUGGUUCAGCACAUCAAACGAUUAGAAGAUGCCCAGAGCAAAAGACAAGAGAAACUUCUAGAGAAGUAUAAGGAUAUUCAGCAGCAAAUCCUGGAUGAAAAGCCAAAGCAGCAAGCCGAGCUCGACCAGGAGUACCAGGACAAGUUCCGGAGGCUUCCUCUGGAGAUCCAGGAGUUUGUGCAGGACACCACCAAGGGGAAAGGCAACGAGGACGGAAAGCACAGCCCGCUCCCUCCCUCAGCGACAUCCGAGCAGCCGAACCACAAGAGCGCCUGUUCUGAGGACGAAGCUGAGAGCGAGAGCAGAGAUCGGCCCUCCGAUGUAACACACUAGGCACAUUUUUGGAUUCAGGCUAAUUUAUUAAUUUAAGUUUCUAUGUUUAACAUGUAACUUUAAACAAACAGUAGCAGUUGUGUAUGCACCUGUUGGGUUAAGAAAAGGGCUCUUAAACUGAUCGAGGGGGACGUACUUGAACUAUGUCACGGAUAUGAAGUAACUUUUUACACGAUCACAUUAUUCUUAUAGAUUGCAUUAACAGCAACCACUAUAGAGUAGCGUAGUCCGGUACAUAUUAUUUUUUAUUGUGGUGGGUCAUGGUGCUAGUUUCUUGGAUUUAUGCAUAAAUUACUGUAUGAUAUUGUUAAGACUGAAUUUACUGUCAGUAUUAUAAUUUCUGUGUCUACUGCUACCAUAAUGACUAUUAAGACCUUUUUAAUCAUGGAAAAUAGUUUGAAUGUUGAAUUGUGUUUUUAAAGUGAUGCUGUAGGUGUUACGCUUGUGGUCAUAUUAUUAAGUGGCAGGCAAAGCAAAUUGUUUCUAUCCACUGCAGAUUUAAAAAAAAAAACAGGAUACACCCAUCAUAUCGCAUUUCUGGGUGUAUGCAAUAUAACUCACGAAACGCAGCCGUACUGCACCGAAAAAUUACGGACAUUUGCUUUGGUCUGCAAGCACUGGUGGCUUGCCAAGUUCAGUUACAUCUUAUAAAUCAAUAUAGCAGUGAUAUUUAUUGUAACUGUUUUCUAGUUUUUAUUUUUUUGUCAGAUUGGAUUUAUACAGUACAUUGUUCUGAAAUACCGGUUAUUAGUUCUGUAUUGGACUGUUUAUUGAAGUUCCAUGAAUGCAUGAGAAAAUAAUUCGCACUAAUUUUGUGAUGUUACAGAGUUACUUGUGAAAUGUUGGCUAUAAUGUAUAAGGUUAAAUGUUCAUUUGUUUUGGUUAAAAAAGAAUGACCUUUUUUAAACUUUUUUAAUUUUAUAUUUUCAAGUACUAUUUUUAAGUAGUCUAUCAAGAAAAAAGUUGGUCUUAGUUUUUAUACAUGAGUCUUUACAUUCCACACAGUACAACACACCUUUUUAUUUUAAAAAUGAAGGACCUUUGUUCGUUCAAAAAGAUAAGUAUUCACUUUACUGCUGAUGAGCAACUGAUCAGUAUUACUCAAAAUAAACUUUAGUGGCCUCGUGAAACCGAAUAACACGGCAGGCAUGACCCUUGAGAGGGAUGAUGUAUUUGUAUUGUUUCUGUAAAAUGGUCAUUCAGUUCGCUUACCAUUAACAUCACUCAAGACGUGGUGAAUAUCAAUCUUUACUGAACACUUUAUGAAAAAAGAAAGAAGGAUUUGGCUAACAGUGGUGUUAGUACCAAAACUAGUUUUGUUAAAAUGCUUUGCUUUCAUUAUAUGAAACCAUUUUAAUUUAGGGCAACAGAGCUGAAUCUUACAUUUUUGUUGUUUAGCUCAGUCUGUGCAAAUUCUUUUUUCCUCAUAUAUAUAUUUAUAUAGCAGUUGUGGCCUUCAGAAAGGAGUUUUACUUCCAUAAUUUUCAGAGUGGAAACAAACAUCCAAGGUGUAUUAUUAUUAUUAUUAUUAUUAUUAUUAUUAUUAUUAUUAUUAUCAUCAUAUGCCUGUUCAGAGUGACAGUUGAGAAUGAGUAUGGUUGAAAAUUAAAAUCUGGUUGGUCUACUUUUCACUGGGGCUUUUAACUCUUCCACUGUAUAUCAUAUGUUAAGAAAUUACUGAAUAUGUAUUAUCAAUUACUGUGUACAUUUCAGUUUUUUUAUUCAGUUUAUACUUAAAUAAAGCUUUUAAAUACUUAAUACUACA